GGUGAUGGGAGGGGCUGCGAGAGCUGCAGCAAUGUGGGGUCCAACAUCCUCCAUGCUGGUUUAACCCCCCAACGACAAGAUUUAUUUCACGGAACGCCCUCCCUACACGACAUCUAUUUCAUUGAACCCCCUCCCUAAACGACACUGUGCUCCAUGUGCUUUGCGGUGCAAAGUGAAGUUGUAACGUGCCUGUGAGAGGCGGUACCGGUCGUUCUGGUGCGGUUCCGGUCAAAGAGGACAAUUGCUGAGUGUUUUUGCAUCAGGGAGGAGGCGAAGCUGGGAGGCUCCAUUACGACGAAAGAAGAGAAGAUUCUAGCAGAUGAAAUGGCUAACCCAUCUCCAGCAAAAAGUGUAGGUGAUCCUGGUAUUACUCCCCUGUCUCCUACACAUAUUCAGAAUGACACCAGUGACCAAGUGCCAUCAGGAAUGGCCUUCAUGGUGGUGGUGGCCAUUGACUUUGGCACCACGUCUAGCGGCUACGCUUAUGCUUUCACCAAGGAACCCGAGUGCAUUCACACCAUGAGGCGAUGGGAGGGUGGAGAUCCUGGGGUGUCCAACCAGAAGACCCCAACCACAAUCCUGCUGACUCCCGACAGAAAGUUCCACAGUUUUGGCUAUGCAGCACGAGACUUUUAUCAUGACCUGGAUCCCAGCGAGUCCAAACACUGGCUGUACUUGGAGAAAUUCAAAAUGAAGCUCCACACCACUGCGAAUCUCUCCAUCAAUACGGAUCUCCAGGCAGCCAAUGGGAAGCGCGUAAAAGCUUUGGACAUCUUUGCUUAUGCACUGGCCUUCUUUAAGGAGCAAGCACUGAAGGAGCUGAGCGAUCAGACAGGUUGCGAGUUUGACAACAACGAUGUUCGAUGGGUCAUCACCGUUCCUGCCAUCUGGAAAAUGCCUGCUAAACAAUUCAUGAGGGAAGCCGCUUAUAAGUCUGGUCUGGUAUCCCGUGACAACCCAGAGCAACUUAUCAUCGCCCUGGAACCCGAGGCGGCCUCCAUCUACUGCCGCAAGCUCCGCCUCCACCAGAUGGUGGACUUGAGCAACCAAACCACUCAGAAUGGCGUUAGCCCGACAGACAAUGUCGGAAGUACAAUGACCCAAGCAUCCCCAGGCCAUGCAGCUAAGGAGCAUGUUCGACGCAACCGGCAAAGUCGCACCUUUUUGGUGGAGAAUGUCAUAGGGGAGCUUUGGUCGGAGCUGGAAGAAGGUGACCGUUAUGUGGUGGUCGACUGUGGCGGAGGGACAGUGGACCUGACUGUGCAUCAGAUCCGUCUCCCUGAGGGCCAUCUGAAAGAACUUUACAAGGCUUCUGGCGGACCGUACGGCUCUCUUGGGAUCGACUAUGAGUUUGAGAAGCUGCUGUGUAAGAUCUUUGGUCAGGAUUUCAUCGACCAGUUCAAAAUCAAGAGACCGGCCGCUUGGGUGGACCUGAUGAUUGCCUUCGAGUCACGGAAGCGAGCGGCAGCACCUGGCAGGACCAACCCCCUAAAUAUUAACUUGCCCUUCUCCUUCAUCGACUACUACAAGAAGUUCAGGGGCCACAGUGUUGAACACGCCCUUCGCAAAAGCAAUGUGGACUUUGUUAAAUGGUCAUCACAGGGGAUGCUGAGGAUGAGUCCUGAUGCCAUGAAUUCCCUUUUCAAGCCCACCAUUGACCACAUCAUUCAGCACCUGAAUGAGCUCUUUGAGAAACCCGAGGUGAGUGACAUCAAGUUCCUUUUCCUGGUGGGAGGUUUUGCCGAGUCGCCUCUUCUCCAGCAAGCGGUCCAGAACAUGCUCCACGGCCGCAGCCGCAUCAUCAUCCCCCACGACGUCGGCCUCACCAUCCUCAAGGGUGCGGUUCUGUUUGGCUUGGACCCCAGCAUCAUCAAAGUGCGGCGCUCCCCGCUCACCUACGGCGUCGGCGUCCUCAAUCGCUUCGUGGAGGGAAAGCACCCGUCCGAGAAGCUGCUGGUGAAGGAUGGCACGCGCUGGUGCACCGACGUCUUCGACACCUUCAUCUCCGCUGACCAGUCGGUGGCGCUGGGUGAGUUGGUGAAGCGCAGCUACACGCCAGCAAAGCCCUCACAGCAGGUCAUCGUCAUCCACGUCUACUGCGCCGAGAAGGAGGGCGUGGCCUUCAUCAGCGAGUCCGGCGUCAAGAAGUGCGGGACACUUCGCCUGGAUGUUAGCGGAACGGAGAGCGCAGCCCCGCGCCGCGAAAUCCAGACGCUCAUGCAGUUUGGUGACACGGAGAUUCGGGCUAUGGCAGUGGACGUGUCCACCGGCCGCACCGUCAAGGCUAGUAUCGACUUCCUCAGCCAUUAAGAUAAUAUUGAUAUCCACUAAGGAAGCAACACAGCUUACACACACAUACUGUAACUACGGCAAGCUGAGACACGUUCUGGGUGUCAUCUGAAACCGAGUCCAUUGCUUAACCUCCCAUGUACACCAAGCUGGACCCAUGCAGGACCCGGGCUGAGCCAUUUAGGGGCCGUUCCACCGAAUCUGUGCCAUUUGCUUUCCCAGGAAGUGACCUGCAUGAAUUCACGUGAACCGAUGAACUGAUCUGAUUGUACAUUUCGUCAGUACGAUCUAAAAAAUUCAUUUCAACUACCGUGAACACUUUUUGUUGUUAAAUAUUACCAUGAAAUAUAUCUUCUUUUUUUAAAUAUUUGUGUUACUCAUUAUCCCAACUACACUUUAACUUUAUUUUCUUAGGGAAAAAAACAACAAUUUCGUUAAAAUUGACACUUCUGUCACGUUCCCGGGUUUUCUCUCAGUCCUGUUACCCUAACACAUUACCCCCCCCCUCGGAAAAAGAUUCUACAAGUCACAUGAUCCACAGCUAUUUGCAUCAUUCAGAUCCACCAACAGUCAUUUCGCUCAUUUAUUAGGGCUGUCAAAUGAUUAAAAUAUUUAAUCACGAUUAAUCGCCUUUUGUCCAUGCUUAACUCAUAAUGAAUCACACUUAAUCGUAGAACGAAUUAAGUUUUUGUUUAGAACUUGUAGGGAUGUAAAUCUGUGUGGUAAACGAAUUGAUAUGCAACUACAUCAAAUUUUAUGUAAAGGCAAAUCAAUUUUGGAAAUACGGACCUUUAUUUUAUUCACUAAAUAAUAUACAUUUCAAAAUCCCCCAGUUUUUUCAAGUUUAAUGCGAGCGGCGUUUUGUCCCACUUGGUUCGACGGUCCUUGAACACACCUUCUAACUUCGUCCUACGCUGCACAGGUCGACUACUAUACUCUCAUUUUACCCUUUUUCUUUCACCUCAUAUUGGUUCCCAAAUGUUGCUACUAUGUGGGGAUGCAUAAAGGUAAGAUUUGAUGACCUUACUGAGUGCUAAUGUGUAUAUUUGUGGUACACAACCUCUCUGAAAAACAAAGUCCAGGCUGGUACUGGUGGAUGGUGGCUCUGUAUUCAUUUCGUGCUUUUCAUUUGAUGUUGUUUCUGACCUAGUUGUACACGAUACAUAAUAAAUAAGAUAAAUGAGAUGGCUAUACUAUACUCCUUCCCGGCGGUUAGCUAGUGCGCUGCUAAUGCUAGCUGUCCUCGGCUAUGCCUGCCGUUAACUAGCAACUCAUAACCCAAAUUUUAGCUCGCAGUUCAAAGCAAAAAAUCAGCGGAGAGACGGCUCACAUCUAAAGCGCACUCGUUAUUUGGGACACUCGUAUGCCAAAGUACCACUGCAUAAAUCUGACUUACCGGCAGUGCCAGUAGAUACUAACAACUUUGGUCUUGUUGCGAGAGCCAUCUGCCAGCGCUUUGAAGCAAAAUUGAUCAAAAUACCCUUUUCUGUCUACAUGUCUGCUCAAUAUUUGCUCCCGCUUGUAGCUCCACAGUCACCUCUGUGUUUCCUCAAACUACGGUGUGGGCCGAGGCUCACACAGGACAUAAAGGAAAGGGGGCGAUAAAUUUGACAGCCCUAUCAUUUAUUUUUACAUUUAUUCAAUGAUGUUCCAACCAACUUCACAGUCCUGUCACCUACAUUUUUUUAUGUUAUUUAUUUAAAAACAUUUUGUUUGUGUGUAUGUAACGUAACCCUAACCCCAACCCUGUCCCGAACCCUAAGUUUCGCAUUUGGAGUACCGUAGUUCAAUGUGUGAUCAGAUGUAGAGUUGGAAAAUAAAGAGAGAAAUUCAAGUUGCAAGUGGCAGCAAUGCGGUGGAACGGCCUUUACAUCCAAUGUUGAUCAAUUGAUUGGUUAUGAGCCAAAUUAUAGCACCUCUCAACAAGAAAGCCAAAAAAUAAAAGAUAAACCCCAAAACCCCAAUACUGUCAUGCUGGAUGAACACAUUGAUUUGGAGUUUGAUGACAGCAGAUUAGAGAAUGAUGUGAAAAUGAUGCUGAUGCUACAAUAUCAUUGAUUAAAUAUCGAGCCAAAAUAAAUCAUGAACAAAUUGUGAAUGUGCUCUGCUAAACAGCUUUAUGUGACAGAAGCAGAAAAGAUAAACACAGUGAGCCUUGUUGCCGAGCGUAUAGUAGAUACUGUAUCUUCCCUAUCGCUCACGCCACAUUUGUGUCACGCUCUCUCAAUUUCAUAGUCUCCAAAAACUUGACCCCUCCAGGAAAGCCAGACAUGAAAAGAGGAACAAACAACAGGAGGUGGCGCCGUGUGAGAUCCUUACUUUUUAUUGCAGGUGAAUCGCUUGCUUAAGAAUGAAGGAGUGGACGCGAUACUUUUACUUUAGACGCCUGAGUUUCAUGCCAACGAGGGAUGCUGCGAUCAGUAUCGGACAGUUGCCGUGAGAAACCACGUGAUCACCCGCGGCUCGCACGAUUGCAGCCCGCAGCGAUCCAUGCGUGCAGUGCAGUCCAUCCCAUCCAUACAUUUUCUAUGCCGCUUAUCUUCCUUAGGGCCGCGGGGGUACGCUGGGGCCUACUGGGCCCCCAAACGUCACAACAAACGAUGACACAAGUACAGCAGCACCGCUGCUGUCAGUCUCAACCGAGGAAAAUGCUUAGAGAUGAAGCUGAGAGUGGCGCUUUUCAUCACAAAGACGUGAGUAUUGACGUGGUAAACUACUGUAUAUUAAAUGUUCUUAUCAGUGACAGUAAAAGCGUUGAGACGACUGACUUGUUAGCUAAUAAUAAUCCCCCUUCAUCUAGUUCAGGAAAUAGAAGAAUAUUCUCACAUUCAUACUUUUUACAAGACGAUAAACAUUAUUACAGAUUCCCUCCUUUAUCCUGGGGUUAGUUUCCCAAAAUAGCCCCCAAUAAGUGAAAUCCGUGAAGUAGGCAACUUAAUUUGUUAACAGUGCUGAUCUAUGUUUUAAUGCUGUAAAACCCCUCCCCAUACACUCUAUAGACUUUUCUCAGACAGGCAUUAGCAUUUCUCUCUUGUUUAAACACUCUCAAAGAAGUUCACACCUUCGUUUGGACUUUAAGGAUCAACCUUAAUGAUCAACACUAAAAAUUAUCAGUAUUUCACUCCUGCGCCUUUUCGUCCUGGCGCCGUUCCGCGGCACCGCAGCGUUUUUGUGUCCUGGUUAAAACACUUUGCUGCAGAUCAUUUGCAACUGGAAGAGAUAGACACUCAACUUCCCACAAUGCAAUUCUUCUUAAAGGGCCAGGCUCGGCCUGUAAUACGCUAAAUCCACGAAACAGCAAAGGAGGCACGCUGUAUUUGAAAUGUUUUUUUGUGGCGGUAUAUAAGCAUUGAUAUGUAACUAGCAACUUAAGCUGACAGAUAACUAACACGUUUCAAAAGCAAAACCUGAAUUACAUACUCAUUUAUUUUAAUGUAAAAACCUGGGCCCCAAUGACCAGGUUUGCCGUGGGCCCCCAUAUGAGUAAAAACGCCCCUGCACCAGUGAUGAGUCAAAUAUGUUUUUGUCUAAAUGAAGGUGAUUUUAUGGUUCUUUCUUUCAUAUAGCCAAUUGCACAUAUCAUAAAGAAAUCCAAAAAUAUCAUGAAUCCAUGUGAUCGGUAUCGGCCGAUUUCAGCCCUGGAUGAUCGGAAUCGGCAGCAUAGAGCCCUGAUUGGUGCAUCCCUAAUGCAAACACACCAGGAUCUUCCUUUUAGAUCAACCUCAGGGGAGUCCAGGACUGAGCUUCCGUUGGUGCAGUUGCAUACUUACGCUUAGUCUUUUGAUUGAAUCGGUGCACACUUGCAUACUCACACUUAGUCUUUUGUUUGCAUAAGUCAGGGUGGUCCAGAUUGCGACCUCUUUUUUUAUUGGCCCGCGGCCCAUUUUAAAAACAAAAAAGCAAAAGCCAAAAUGGAAAAAUCCUGCGGUAAUUUCACAAAAAUGAAGUCAAAAUAUUCCAAGAAAAACUGUAUCAUCUAACAAGAAAAAGUUGUAAUUUUACUACAAUUCCGUUGUCACAUGAUGAGGAAAAAUGACAUCAUUUUAGUAGCAUAAAGUUGAAAUAUUAAAGAAAAAAUGAUUUUUUUUAAAGUAGGACUAUUUUAGAAACAAACAAAACAACAAAUAAAUUCUGCAUUUUUGGACAUUUUUUCACCAAGUGGCCCUUGCUGGAAAAAAAUUGGACACCCCUGGCAUAAGUGCACACUUUGCAUACUCACACUUAGUCUUUUGAUUGCAUCAGUGCGUUCACGCUGAGAAGCAUGACAAAAUGGUGUCUUUAUCGUGCUUACAGACCAUCAACCUACACACUCAAAUACACGACGGGAGAAAGCAAAUGAAAAUGUGCAGGAAAUAAGUAGACGGUGUACGUAGUAUACUUAUUGAAUGCACUGAUGGGAGUAUUCAGCCCAGGAAUGUGAAACAUGCUGCAAGCGAGUGCGACCAUCACAAGCUCUUAAGUGUUGCCUUUAUUCGUCUGUGUUUGCCAUUAUGGGAUGAAAUGUGACGUUCCUACUCGGAUACGUUCAAUCUUGGUGUGACGGACAGCCCUAUUUUGUUCAUUUCUGUGCAUACACUAUUUAAAUAUUGUACAUAUUUUUAGCGCCUUGUCAAGCAGUAUCUUAAAUACUUAAUACGCUUCUGUGUGCUUUCACGUAUUUGAUACGCUUUCAUGUGCACAAAAGGCGCUGUUACAUAGCAGAAUAAACAUGCAUUCGUUAGGAUUCCAUUCUAUUCAAGCAUUGUGCCGCCCUCAAUUUUACUGCCCUCUUGGCACCUUUGUGGCAAACUACGCUCAACAAAAGUAUAAGUAACACUGUUGUUUUUGCUCCCAUCUGCCAUGAGCUGAACUCAAAUAUGGCAAACCUUUUCUGUGUACACAAAGGGCAUAUUUCUCUUAAAUACUGAUGCCAAAAUCUGUUGAAAUCUGUGUUAGUCAGCACUUCUCCUUUGCCGAGAUGUUCCGUCCACCUCACAGGUGUGGCGUAUCAGCAGCAGGAUUACUGCACAGGUGUGCCUGAGGCUGGCCGCAAUUAAAGGCCACUCCAAAAUGUGCGCAGCACAAUGCCACAGAUGUUGAGGGAGCGUGCAAUAGUCAUGCUGUGUCCACCAGAGCUGUUACAUGUGGAAUUAAUGUUCAUUUCUUUUCAAGAAACCGUGUCAAAAGUGUUGUAGAGCAUUUGGCUGUACAGUAAUAAUGCCUGGCCCGCUUGCGCUUCAAUUUCACAGCUUCACUCUGUCAGCGUUUUUCAAAAAUCUAUGAAUUUAUAAAUCAUGCUCUUUUGUGGUUGAAUAGGGCCUGUUAUUAGUCAGAAAAUGUACCGUAUUUUAUGACUAAAUUGGACAUUUUCUAGCAUAAAAAUGCCUAAAUGAAUGAAAAUACAAAUAUAAGGCAUUCAGAAGACACACUCAAAUACGUGAUGAUAUGCAGUAUUGUACACUGGCCACUAGGUGUCCGUAAUGUUGGCCGAAACACGCAAGCACCAGACUUGAUGGGAGGGAAAACAGGCUUUUAUUGCAGCUUUGAAUAAUCUCACGACAGAAACACGAGUCCCUAAUGAAAAUCCAUCAUAAAAACACAGCCUACUGUUGCGGCCAUAAGACACACCGGGCUGAAACUCAACUCUGAAACCCCUGACGUCACUUCCUGUCCACCACCGGAACACAUUUACAGCAACACACACGAGCACGAGUCUUAUUUAUGUCUUAAAUGUCUUAUUUUCUCUUAUUAUGUCUACUAUAUUGGGUAAUAGGAGUGUAAAGUUGACUGUAAAGGUGUUAUUUCAUGUCUAGAGGUCUCUAAUAAUGUUAAAAAGGUGGUGAACAGGUUUUCUAUGCUCUACCAAAAUAUUCCACUUAUAAAUAAGGAAUCCUACUUUGUGGAAAUUCACUUAUGACAGCCGGGUCUGGAACCAAUUAACCGUGAUAAAUGAGGGAUUAUAUAAUGCUCUGCAGCCUUGUCUCUAUCAUGGAAUAGUGAAGACAUAUCCAAGCAGCCUCGCAACCGCAGACCACGUGCCUCCGCCUCAGGCCCUGUGCUCCUGAGAUUUUUUUAAAAGGAUUUUUGGGUGAAAAGGAUGUAAUACACAAGGCACACCUACGUGUGGCGCUGUGAACGGACACACAUAUGGAACCACAUGACACACCAAACUAUAGAAGAAGAAAGAACACACGUGCAGAAGUCCGUCAUAGAGUCAUUUUGGGCAAGACACGAAAAUACCGGGAGAAUGUAGACUUGGGUAAGUCAUGACACUGGAAAUAUUUAGAUAUUAUGUCGGCUUGUCGUCAAAGCUCUUUUCAAAAAAUACCGUUUCCGUGUGGAUGAGCGGCUGAAACCGUAAAAUCCUCAGCCGUUUCGGUGUGGAUAGCCCCUCACGCCUGCGAGGUGGAUGGGUUAUCUCGUCGAAGGAGAAGUGCCCGCCAACAGAUUUAAACAGAUUUGUCAACAAUAUUUGAGGAAAGAAAUGCCUUUUGUGUACAUACUGUAGAAAAUGUAGAUGUAAGUGGAAUUUUAGUGUAAGUGGGAACUUGGACCUAAAUGAUAGCGAAAUCAACACUGAAGUCACAUGAAGGACAUAUAAAAUACAGUCCCAAAAAGAUGAAAUGCCAGAGCGAAAAGAAACAAUCCAAAAUAGAAUUCCUUACUUUAUCAACACCUUUAUGGAUCUGACAGCCAGCUUUCUGACUCAAGCACCUCUUCAGAAACAUCCCUCAAAAGACCUUCCAACCUGUCACACUCGGAAUGUGUCGUCAGCGUGCAGCGCUCGUUGUUCCAAAAGGAGCGCAACGAGGUACAUUCAUACAGAAGCCUUCAUUGUCAGCUCAUCUGGAUAUCUUAAAGGGUCCCUGGCAUGAUUCAUCAGCUUUGCUUAAAUAUGUUUAUCUUGUUUGCAAUUAUGUUCUGCGUUGUUCCAUUUUUGAAAGCGAACGAUAAAUUCGCAAAAAUGACAUUUGCAGUUCAUGGCGCCAACCGUGACGAGCCAGCGCUCGCUGUUCAGUCCCGUUUCUGGAAGUGACGUCAUCGGGAUGCUAUCACUAUCACACAGGUGAACAAACAUAGCGGCGUAUGAGACAGAGGAUGUUUCCAGUGAUUAUAGCCAAGUUUUGAGUCAUGUGUCAAUAGCUUUCGAGGAGGAAGAAACAUUUGGAUAUGAAAUAGAGAACUUGCAGAACAUGGACUCAAAAACAGAACAUGGAGACUGGUCGCCUUGAAAACUACACUGGAGUUGGAAAUCCUUCAAUUAUUCUUUUAAACCGCCCUGAUUUGUUUUAUAUUUCGUUGCAGUCAUGUUUGCAUAACAUAUAUAAUGCUUUGCAGCCUUGUCUCUAUCAUGGAAUAGUGAAAACAUGUGAACAAGACAUGACUUACUCUGUUCUGUGACAACUUCGACAUCGUUCUUUUCUUUUUUUUUCCUGUGUAACAGGCGCAAUAGCAUCCUUUUUCAAAAUGCGUUUAUACCGUACUUUCAAGCCAAAUGGUUUUUGUAAAGGUGUUCCUUCGAAGCAGUCAUCAGUGAAAUGAUCACUGCAAAGAACAGAACUGCCUCUCGUUCUCUGCACCUGCUUCGUCCAUUGUUGUCUUAAACCUUCAUCUUUUGGAAAAGAAAAAAACUUACAGUAUCACUGGAAUAAUACGAACAUCCAGCAGCAGCACAACAUUUUGGCAAGACUACUAUUUUGAUGAAAAACAUACUGAACCAAGUCGACCAUGUACCUCGAGAAGCAUUUGUUUACUCUGCUUAGGCUGACAUGUGUCACCCUGAUGAUGUCACUUAUGGAAUGUGGCAGACCCGCGAGCGAAAGCUUGUCAUAGGUGCCGCCAAGAAUGUCAUUUUUGCGAAUUUACUGCUUUCAAAAAUCCAACCAUAAUUACAAACAGCAUGUAAGUUGAUGAAUCAUGUCAGGGACCCAAGCAUGCAUUAGCAUGAAUCCCCUAUGAAAGGCCACAAGGUGGCGUAUAUCUGAUACCACAUGUUGUAGCAAGCAUGAAGAAUGAACUGAAAGGGAACAAAAUGUCCUAAAUGAUUCCACUGGAGACCCCUGGUGGUCAUGUGGAAUCUAAUACGGUAAGAAUAUCACAACCUUCAAUCUGGUGAAGUACUUGUACAGCAAACAUCAGCACUUUUAUUCUAAAUCCAAUGCUGACAUUCCAGACUGCAUGCUUUUAUCAUGGCAGUGAGAUUUCUUUUUUUUAUUAAUGUGUCAAAAGGUGUCAAGACGGAGCAUUUUAGACAACAUAAAAAAUACUAAUGCAAGCAAAUCAAUGUUGUUGCUAAUCUUCGACACAUCCAUAAAAGUGCGUACCGUAAUACUUGGUAGGAAAAUGCCAUCAGGUGGACAGGAUUUGAAAUGGCCAGCAUGAAUGUAGUGUCAAAGGACAACUUGGCUCACCCCAGUAAACUCCAUCUGUUUACGUCCACCAUCGGUGUUGUUCUGAGCUCCUGUUUUCAUGCCUGUUUAAUGUGAAGGAGCCAAGUCGUGCACUCCAUUUUGCCUGAGCUGCUUGGAGACGCUGUCAUCGCAGUUGUAAAUGACCCAUUGAGCAUCACGCCCAUCAAUCCAUAAUCCUUUAAUGGCGGCCUGAGCAACGCCAAAUGUUUCAAUGCCAAACGUCCCAAGAGAAUUAGCGAGCAUGACGUGUGAACUCUUACGUGUUUGUCAAAAUGAGUUUGUUGAAAAGGCUUUUCUGUUGAUUGAUGCACGCAUCCAUGCAUUUCCCUCCAAUGAUGCGAUGGAUGCGUCUUUGGGAAUUGAAAUACACGCGCCUGCUACUUGCUCGACAGUGAAUAGUGUGUAUUGAUAAGCUAUUAACAUAUUAUUUCUUACACAACACGUACACUCACACAGUGGAAUGUAUUCAUUUCUCUAGGCUGCACUUUUCCAAUGUAUCUUAUAGCCUAAAGGCUAUUAUGGUCCAAGUGAAUGAGAUGUAGGAGGCUGCGUAUGUGCUUCAUACUAUGAAGUAAGUACGUCAUGGUAUGAAGUAAGUACGUCAUGGUAUGAAGUAUGUGUGUCAUAAUAUGAAGUAUGUAUGCCACAGUAUGAAGUAUCUUCUUCAUACUAUGUAGUGCGCGCUUCAUACUAUGAAGUACAGUCUGUGCGUCACAGUAUGAUGUAUGUGCUUCAUAGUAUGUACACGACCAAGUCAACACUUGAACUGGAUUGUCACACUUGAAUGUACUCGUGUAGACAGUUUGCUUUUUUGUUCUUUUUCCAAUCUCACGUGUCUCUGCUAAUUGAAUCUAGCGGUUAAAUGUAUUCUAAACACUGGCUCACCAAUAAAGUGUCUAUUUGUC